CUCUUCCCGGAGGCCUUGGACUGUGUCUCUUACAGAGCAUUCAUGCCAAAGUGACUGGCAAGGCUAGACCUUGGAAGAGGAGGGAGGUGGGGGAGAAGGGUUGGAUGUCUGCAGGCGACCAUGAGAAGCAGACCCAGGAGGGUGUGAGGAAGGCGGGUCGCUGGCCUCACCCAUCCUUUCCCUGAGCCAGCCUCACAAUCUCGCUGAAACAAACCGUUGUUCACACCCUCCCCUCUGACCCCGCUACCCCUGACAUUGUUUUGUACUCGCCCGGGUCACGGGUGGGAGGCAAGGAACGCUGCAGUUCUGGAGUCUGGCUGCCCGCCAGGCCCGUGGCCUUCGGCCCUGAGGCCACUGGGGCGGCCGCGCCUCCCGGCCGCAGCAGAGGACGCCUGAGUCCACCACGCGCCGCCCGCCUCCAGCUCCACCAUGGGCUCGUGCAGCUCCCACGCCGCGGUCAUUCCCGACUUGGACAACAUUCGGCGGGAGACUGGCUUUUCGCAAGCCAGUCUGCUCCGCCUCUACCACCGGUUCCGGGCGCUGGACAGGAACAAUAAGGGCUAUUUGAGCCACACUGACUUCCAGCAGAUUGGGGCGCUGGCCGUGAACCCCCUGGGAGACCGCAUCGUAGACAGCUUCUUCCCGGAUGGGAAUCACCAAGUGGAUUUCUCAGGCUUUGUCAGGGUCCUGGCUCAUUUUAGACCUGUAGAUGAGGAGGACCCAGGAAUGCGAGACCCCAAGCAACCUGAACCACUGAACAGCAGAAUGAACAAACUUCGCUUUGCGUUUCAGCUGUAUGAUCUGGAUCGAGAUGGAAAGAUCUCCAGGCAUGAGAUGUUACAGGUUCUCCGACUGAUGGUUGGGGUCCAGGUGACUGAAGAGCAGCUGGAGAGUAUUGCAGAUCGCACAGUGCAAGAGGCAGAUGAAGAUGGAGAUGGGGCUGUAUCCUUCUUGGAGUUCGCCAAGUCCUUAGAGAAGAUGAACGUCGAGCAAAAGAUGAGCAUCAGGGUCCUGAAGUGACCCACUGUGUGUGUUUGGCUAGGUCAUGCCAACCAGUAUCUACUUGGGAUUCAUCUGCUGGAUCUGCUUUCAUUGUAUUCUUCUAAAUCAGACUUUACUUACGACAAAAAAGAGAAAGUAAGAAGGGUGUGUACUAAAGUCCAGCUCAUUUGAUCUCAGGUCUCUGAAUCCGCCAUCAGUCUUCUGGUUGCAAGUGAUUGAAAGGCCACCUCAAAGUGAUUUAAGUUUAAAAAAGAGAUUUUAAUGGUGCAUAUAAUUAAAAAGUCCAGAACUAUCUGUCUUCAGGCACAAACGAUGUUAUCAGGACUCAUUUUUCUCAACUGCAUGUCCCAGCUCAGUAUCCUUCUGUACUGACCUCAUGCUCAGUGGGGAGGGCUCCUUUCUAAUGGAAGAGAUUUACACCAAUGACUCCAGGCUUCCAUCUUUCUAGCUUGGUAAGCCAGUGGAAAAGGAUUUCCUUACUCCAGUCAAGCAAAGAGUGUUAUUGCCCACCUGAGUUCUGUUGUGUGUGUGUGUGUGUGUGUGUGUGUGUGUCUUUUUGAGACAGGGGCUUGCCAUGCAAUUCAGGCUGGGUUUGGGCUCACUUUGUAGCCCAGGCUGGUCUUGAACUUGCAAACAAUUCUCCUGCCUCAGCCUCCCAAGUGCUGGGUUUACAGAAAUACUUCAAAAUGCCUGGCACCCACCUGAGCUCUUGUCCCUCUCUCUUGGGGAAUGAAAUGCUCUAACUGACCAGGCCUAUGGCAUGUACUAGCUGCUAGGAAAAAUGGUCUGAGGAUUCAGGGUGGGGUGAGAGGUAGUUGCCAAAAGAAAACUGAAAUACUCUUACCAGGAGGACAGGGAAUUUGUAUGUGUGUUUCUGUGUUGGUUUUUCUCAGGCAAAACAAGAGAUAGCCAUUAUUGUUUGUUUGACCACAUGGAGAACCCUUGAAAUUUGGCUUCUUAAAUGAUUUUUCUUGAUCCCAUGGAGUCAUGAUAUGUGGUGAGGGUUGGUGAUGGGGGGAGAUGAUGUAAAAACAAUAAACAGUAAUACCUUUCAAA